AUAUAUAUAUGCAAAAAUUUGUAUUAAUCAUUUCCCUUUUCUUCUGAAUCUUUUUCACUACUUUCAAAUGGUAACGUUCUGUUAAUUCAUAAUUUCAAGCAGCUCUGCGAGUUCUGUUAAUAUUUGAUACGUUUUCGUUAAUACUUCCAAUUGGUAGUUUUUCAUCUAUUUGUAACAUUAUUAACUUUUACAAAUACCUGUUUUAUUAGUGUUUCGAGUGAGUUUUCCAUAAAUAUUCAUGUAGCAACACUUCAAGUUUAAACUUUUUAACGCAUCAAGUUCAUGCUUACAUUAAUUUUCUAUGGCAUUAUGAAUUAAAAAAAAAUAUGUUUGCAAUGCGAUACAUAUUGAAAUGUAUUAUUGAAACAUAUAUAACUUUAUUAAAAACCGGCGUAAAUAUGAAGCGUAAAAUCAUGUAUAUAACUACGAUACGCCAAUUACGAUGUGCCAAUUAUACGUCAUAUAACGGGCCCCCACCAUCCAUUGAACAUAUAUAAAAGGGGACUGGCAAUAAAGUAGCUCACAGUUGCACGUUACUCGUGCCUCGAUGUACUAAGUACAUCCGUUGAUAUUCUCUUUAGUUUCGCUUUAACAUCACAUACAUAUUCAUAUUCGUAUUAUUCAACAAGUUGCGCACAGUAUUUUAUACGAAUUCACUUACAUCACACAAGCAAUUAUUAACAUGAUAUAUACAAUAUUGUUAUCGGUGAUAGCGGGCGUUCUGGGUCUCUAUUACUUUUUCUUCAAGAAUGUGAAUUUCUUCAAGAAACAUGGAAUACCACACAUAACGCCACUUCCCUUAGUUGGAAACAUGGGACUAUGUUUCAUUCACCGCCAAUCCAUGGCUGAACUCAUCAAAUCAACGUAUGACGUAGAUCUUGAUGCGAGGUACGUCGGCAUGUAUGACUUGACCAGGCCAGUCAUAAUGCUUCGUGACCCUGAGCUUAUUAAACUGGUCACGUUAAAACAUUUCGACACGUUUAUGGAUCAUCGCUCCUUCUUUGACGAAACACAAGAUAUAUUAUUCGCAAAUAUAUUAUUUAGCAAAGGCCUCUUUUUCCUUCGCGGAGAAAGAUGGCGACAAGUUCGAGCUUUAUUGAGUCCAGCUUUCACGUCCAGCAAACUGAAAGGUAUGUUCAAGCUGAUGUCGGAGUGCGGAGCCGACUUCGGCGUUUAUCUGGCUCAAAUGCCAUCGGAGAAGAGAAUGAUGGAAAUGAAAGAAGUGUUUACCCGAUAUAACAGUGACGUAAUCGCCGCAUGCGCUUUCGGCGUUAAUGUUGAUUCUAUGAGAAACCCAGAAAACGAGUUCUACGUGUAUGGUAAAGAAGCGACCACUAUCAGCGGUAUCAUGUUUCUGAAGUUGUACGUAUUGAGGAGCUUGCCUUGGCUGGCCCGAAUACUCGGACUGAAAAUUGCCCGCGACCAAGUAAUAAAUUUCUUCCGCGAUCUCGUCGCAACAACCAUAAAGAUUAGAGGUGAGAAGGGUAUCGUCCGACCGGAUAUGUUGCAGUUGAUGAUGGAGAGCAGGAGCAAAGAGGGUGAGCGAAAUUUGACUCUCGAAGAUAUGGUAUCACAGGCAUUCGGCUUCUUCUUCGGCGGUUUCGAUAGUACUUCGACCUUAAUGUGCUUCGCUGCUCAUGAAAUUGCGAUAAACCCCGACAUACAAGAGACACUUCAAGAUGAGAUCGACAAAGUUUUGGAAGAAACAAACGGGCAAGCAACUUACGACGCCAUCAAUAAUAUGGAAUAUCUGGACGCUGUGGUCAACGAGACUCUCAGGAUGUAUCCUGUUCUUCCAGUGAUGGACAGAUUGUGCUUGAACGACUUUGAACUGCCACCGACAUUGCCAGGGAUGAAACCCUUCACUCUAAAAAAAGGUCAAGGCGUAUGGAUACCGGCGUAUGGGCUCCAACACGAUCCUAAAUACUUUGAAGAAUCAGAAAAGUUUGAUCCCAAGCGCUUUCUUGGAGAACGGAAGACCAAUAGCCUCAACUGUGGUGCAUAUCUUCCUUUUGGUUCGGGCCCCAGAAUGUGCCUCGGCAACAGAUUCGCAUUGUUGGAGACGAAAGUAGUGUUCUUUCACCUGUUAGCUCGUUGCGACUUGAAACCUUGCGAACAAACAAGAGCACCGCUCAAGCUUACCAAAGGCUUUAAUAUGAAGGCUGAAGGUGGUUUCUGGCUCAACGUAUCGCCACGAACAAAUAUACAUCAUACUAUUGAGAAACGCUAAUAAUGCGACAUACAAAUUAUGUAAGCAAAUUAUGAGCACGGAAUACCUCACAUACCGCCGCAACCCGUAAUAGGAAUCGUGAAAUAUUUAAUACGCCGUCAGCCAAUAACUGAAUUUGCCAAAUUGAUGUACAACAUAAAUCCUGAUGCCAAGUACGUCGGCACGUAUGACUUCACCAAGCCAGUCGUAGUGCUUCGUGACCCUGAGCUCAUUAAACUUAUCACGUCAAAACAUUUCGACACGUUUAUGGAUCAUCGCGACUUCGUUGAUGAAACUCAGGAUGUCCUAUUCGGCAAGAGCCUCUUCUCCCUUCGCGGAGACAGAUGGCGACAAGUUCGAGCUUUACUGAGCCCAGCUUUCACGUCCAGCAAGAUGAAAGGUAUGUUCAAGCUGAUGUCGGAGUGCGGCGCCGACUUCGGCACGUACCUAGCGCAAAUGCCCCCGGAAAAGAGGACGAUGGAAAUGAGGGAUGUAUUCGGCAGAUACACCGUUGACGUAAUCGCUACUUGCGCCUUCGGCGUCAGCGUUGAUUCGAUGAGAAAUCCAACCAACGAUUUCUAUGUAUACGGCACAGAAACGGCCGAUAUCAACAUCACCAUGUUCCUAAAACUCCUUGUAUUCUACACUACGCCUUGGUUAGCACGAAAGUUGAAACUGUCAUUUUUCGGCGACCAAGUAAAGAAUUUCUUCCGCGAUCUCGUCGAAACCACCAUAAGGACUAGAGAUGAGAAGGGUAUCGUCCGACCGGAUAUGCUGCAGUUGAUGAUGGAGAGCAGGGGCAAAGAGGGUAAACCAGAUAUGACUAUCGACGAUAUGAUAUCGCAGGCAUUUAUCUUCUUCUUGGGCGGUUUCAAUAGCACUUCGGCCGCGAUGUGCUUCGCCGCUCACGAGAUCGCGAUAAACUCCGACGUACAAGAGACACUUCAAAAUGAGAUCGACAAAGUUUUGGAAGAGACAAACGGGCAAGGAACGUACGAAGCCAUCAAUAAUAUGGAAUACCUGGACGCUGUGGUCAACGAGACGCUCAGGAUGUAUCCGGUUGCUAUACUGACGGACAGAGUGUGCUUGAAUGACUUUGAACUGCCACCAACAUUGCCAGGGACAAAACCCUAUACAAUAAAAAAAGGAGAUGGCUUAUGGAUACCUAUGUAUGGGCUCCAUCACGAUCCCAAGUACUUCGAAGAGCCGAAGAAGUUCGAUCCGGACAGAUUUCUGGGAGAGCGGAAGAAAAAUAGCCUCAACUGUGGCGCAUACCUUCCUUUCGGUUCGGGUCCCAGAAUGUGCAUCGGCAACAGAUUCGCAUUGUUAGAGACGAAAGCGCUGCUCUUUCACUUACUGGCGCGUUGCGACUUGAAGCCUUGCGAAAAGACAUCAGUACCGAUCAAGUUUGCUAAAGAUGGCAUUAAUAUGAAUGCUGAAGGUGGUUUCUGGCUGAACGUGUCGCCACGGAAAAAUAUACAUUAUACUAUUGCGAGAAACACUACUACUGAGAAAACAUGAGACCUAUGAUACCAACAUAAGCUGAAACAAGGCAUUUUAUGCUUGACUCUUCGCUGAAGAAUGUUUCCGAUGUACUUCUAUCGUUAUUUUAAAUUUUAAGUGAAAGGAUAAAGUAUUGAUUGCAGCAAUCAUAAAUAUAUAUAAGUUCAAUACGUUGUAUUUAAAAUAAAUUUAUAUAUAUAUAUAGACACUUACAUAAUUUAUGUACAGUGCGUGUGUGGGCGCGCGCGCGCGUGUGUGUGAGUAUGCUCGCGAAUGCGAGAUUGUUUUUAUUUAUGUGCAAAUAUAUGCAAAAGUUCGUAUGAU